GUAACACUCCUGUUGCUUAGUAACAAAAGUUUCACGGGCUGCGGAAGGAGCACUGAACAGCAAGACCCUGCAGUGAGAGAAGUCCUUUUGCCACUCCUAUUCCCUCCACACACACAAGUUUCUUGAAGAGCUGCCAUUUUCUGUCAAGAAAGUGCAAUUCAGAAUUCGCAGGACUGUGGAAAGGAAACUGUCCUGUGUUUCCUGCUCACGGGUUUAUUUACAGACUUAAAGACUAAUUCAUAACUCAAAGAAGAGAAGACAGAGGACAACUACACAGUAACAGACUAUGAAGGCUCAGCCCACACAACUGAGAAAAAACAAGCAGCUUGUGACAUCUGUACCUUGCCUUCUAGGCCUUUCUAGCGACUAGCUGAGUCUGGUGUGUCUGUCUAUCUCUUGGUGGAGACAUGGCCAAGGGGAAAGCAAAAGGUCCACAAGGGAAAAGGAUCACCUUGAAGAUGGCCAAAAAUUCAAUCCGGGUAAGUUUUAGUGGAAGGCGCCGUCUUGACUUAAGCAAAAUGGGCAUCGCCACCUUCCCCAAAUGCAUUCUGGAACUGGCUGGUGAUGUGGACGAACUUGAUUUGAGCAGAAACAUGUUGAGAAAGAUUCCAAACACCAUUGAGAAGUUCCAGAACCUGCUCUGGUUGGACCUGCAUAGUAAUCAGCUUGAUGAGCUGCCCAAGGAAAUAGGCUCACUUCAGAACCUUACUUUCCUGAAUAUAUGCAACAACAAGUUGACCACGGAAAGUCUGCCAGAGGAGUUGAACCUUCUCAAGAACCUCAAGACUCUUAACCUUGGCUUGAACUGUCUUGAGACUGUUCCCACCACUCUUGGGGCCCUGAGGGAACUCGUUGAUCUAGGUCUCUUUGACAACGUUUUGACCACCAUACCAAAGAGUGUGAAAAAUCUCCCCAAGAUUGAGAGAAUGAAUGUAAAAAGAAACCCUUUACGAGAGUUAGAAAAGCCAGAGGAGGAGAUUGACACCAUUAAACGCAUAGAAACACUUCACUUAGUAGAAGAGAAAGACCUAUGCUCUUCCUGCCUGAAGAAGUGUAAGGGUGAGAAGGAUGAGCUGCACAGGCUGGAGGACAUGACACCUAGCUCCUCCAAGGAGCUAAGUUUCCCUUUACUCCUUACACCCAAUUCCUCUGCAAAGGAUAAUCAAGAAGAAUGGAGAGUAAGAAGCACAGAUCCUUGAAAUAUACCAAGGCACUCCGCAUAUCAUGUGCUAUGAAGUCCAGUCCAAAAAAGAAAGAAAAAAAAUAAAGCUGACCUCCCUCUUC